UUCCAAACCAUCCAAACCUCUCUCUCUCUCACCCUCCUUUUUCGCCAACCACCAAUCAUUCUUCUCUCUUCUCUCUUCUCUCUUCUCUUCCUCCUUCCACCACCACCACCACCACCUCCUCCGCCGGUCACCGGAAUUAUGGAGGUUUCUGUUGCGACCACGCCGAGGAAGUCCUUGGCGGAGAAGGUGUUCGGAGCGUACUCCGGGAGCUUUAGCAUGAAGAAGCGCGGUGGCGCCGGCUCCAGCAAUGAGGCUCAGACCUCUCACGUUGAGAAUACCGAUGAUGAUGGCGGCUUGGAGCUCAUGGAGAUUGGAGCUGAGAGAACCAAGAACGUCUUGAUUCUCAUGAGUGAUACUGGUGGCGGUCAUAGAGCUUCCGCUGAAGCCAUCCGUGACGCUUUCCAAAUUGAAUUUGGCGAUGAAUACAGGAUAUUUGUUAAGGAUGUUUGGAAGGAGUAUACAGGGUGGCCAUUGAAUGACAUGGAGGGUCAGUAUAAAUUCAUGAUUAAGCAUGUACAGUUAUGGAAUGUUGCUUUUCACAGCACUUCUCCUAAAUGGAUUCACUCUGUGUAUUUAGCUGCCAUUGCUGCCUAUUAUGCAAGAGAGGUGGAGGCAGGGCUGAUGGAGUACAAGCCAGAUAUUAUAAUCAGUGUCCACCCCUUGAUGCAGCAUAUUCCAUUGUGGGUUCUGAAGUGGCAAGGUUUGCAGAAGAAAGUGAUUUUUGUCACUGUGAUCACGGACCUUACUACCUGCCACCCUACUUGGUUUCAUCCUUGGGUGAAUAGAUGUUACUGCCCUUCACAGGAAGUGACAAAGAAAGCUUUACAAGAGGGUCUUGAGGAGUCUCAAAUCCGAGUCUAUGGCUUGCCCAUCAGGCCUUCUUUUGCACGUGCAGUUCUUGAGAAGGAUCAAUUAAGAGAAGAAUUUAAAAUGGAUCCCAACUUGCCAGCAGUUUUGCUUAUGGCGGGUGGUGAAGGAAUGGGUCCUGUCAAGAAAACUGCCAAGGCUCUAGGAGAAGCACUUUUUGAUAAAGAAACUGAUAAACCAAUUGGACAGAUAGCAAUCAUAUGUGGUCGUAAUAAGAGCUUAGCAUCUACACUUGAAUCUCUAGAAUGGAAGGUUCCAGUAGUGAUUAGAGGAUUUGAGAAACAAAUGGCAAAAUGGAUGGGAGCUUGUGACUGCAUCAUAACAAAGGCUGGACCAGGUACAAUUGCAGAAGCAUUAAUCAGAGGGCUCCCCAUAGUCCUCAAUGACUAUAUCCCUGGACAGGAAAAGGGUAAUGUGCCAUAUGUAGUAAACAAUGGAGCUGGUGUCUUCACUCGUAGUCCCAAGGAAACAGCAAGAAUUGUGGCUGAAUGGUUCAGCACAAAAUCAGAUGAACGGAAAACAGUGGCAGAGAAUGCGCGUAAAUUAGCGCAACCAGAGGCCGUGUUCGACAUUGUUAGGGACAUUCAUGAGCUUGCUGAGCAACGCGAACCGGCACAUUUUCCAUACUUGUUGACCUCAUCAUUUACUAGCCUUAUCUAAUUGAUUAUUUGUGCCUUUUAAGCAUUAGUUUUUUUUCCAUUAGGAUUGACAUGUACAGUUAGCAUUUCAAGUUACGUCAUUCUUUAUCCUAGAGCUUGAUUUUACUACAAUAAGCUAAAAUUCUGGUAAACAAGCUCUGGUAUUUUUAGAAGAUUUGGAAUUUGUUUAGGAUGUCUGCGCAAGGUGGUUCAACGUUCUGCUGUACGUUUCAGUCUAAUGGUUCUUCUUUCAGUCAAUUUUUUCCUUUUGGAAUUCUAUUUAAAACUUUAGAAACAGAACUUAGGUUUUGUAGAGUGCUACUUUACCAUGUAAUAUAAAUUGCCUACUGGUUAUUCUUUGAGAAGCACAUGAUGUAAACUCUUGCUUUUGAAAUUUAAGUAGCUUGCUAUUAUAAA